CUGACAGAGUGUUAUUCACCCACCUGUUCACGAGAUCAACCCUGUUACAGUCAUCUUUGUCCGCGAAAAAUCAGAAAGGUAAAAAAUGGAAUCAAAUGGCAUUGUCAUACUGAUAUGUCAAUUGGGUGGUGGUUAUAACCAAUGAAUUUUUUCCAGGAUAACCUGAAGCAAUCACAAGCUCCAUCGUUGCAGGAAAAGGAAGAAACGCAUCGAUUAUGGGUCCAUUCAGUAUCUCCCGAAACCGUGGAAGCCACCCCCAAUGCCGAAAUUAAGCGACAAGAGUGCAUUUAUGAAUUGAUUUAUACCGAAGAAGACUUUGUGAAAGACCUUCAAUACGUUCACAACUUCUGGGUCAAACCCUUGGUCACGUCGGAUGUAAUUCCCAGUGAGCGGCGAGAGUAUUUCGUGCAGGAAGUGUUUUGGAAUAUGGCGGAUAUUGAGAAGGUGAAUGCAGGGCUUUCCAAGGCGUUGAUAGAGCGACAAAAAGAAAACGAACUUGUCCACAGCAUAGGCGAUGUCAUUCUGAAAUAUGUAUGCCAAUUCGAUCCUUUUGUGGUGUACGGUGCGCAUCAGGUGAUUGGCAAAUUUAACUUUGAACUGGAAAAGAAGCGCAACCCCAAAUUCUCGCAGUUUGUGGAAGAAACGGAGCGGAAACCCGAAUCCCGUCGGUUGGAGCUCAAUGGUUACUUGACAAAGCCCACCACCCGUCUCGGUCGCUAUAAUUUGCUGUUGAGGGAAAUUCUAAAACGUACACCCGAGGGGAACCCGGAUCGUGAAACGCUCCCCCAGGUCAUGGAGCUUAUCACUCGAUUUCUGGUACAAGUCAAUACGGAAACCGGCAAAUGCGAAAACCUUUUUAGCCUUCAGCAGAUUCAUGAACGACUUUAUUUCAAGCCACCUAUUGACCAUGUGGACUUGUCCCUUCUUGAUCCUCAACGCCAACUACUGUUGAAAGGACGCAUGAAGCGAAAAGGCAAUAGUUCGUCCGAUGCCUCGGACCUCCAAGCUUUCUUGUUCGAUCAUUAUCUUGUCUUCGCCAAAAUCAAGUACGACAAUCACUUGGAAUAUUACCGCGUAUAUCGCAAGCCUAUUCCAAUCGAGCUUCUCAGCAUCUCUGUGAGCGGCAAUAACCGUGCGAAGCGUGCGAGUGCCAUAUUGCAGUACAGUCGAUCGGCCACGUUAACGUCGCCUACGCCAACUUCCGUACGACCUUCGGUGUCCGAUACACAUCAGUCCAAACCUGGUAAUCUCGGCAUCACAUUUUAUCAUCACGGGCGACGAGGUUCCCCACCGAUUACAUUGUAUCCGUCGAAUGCAUCGAGCCGAAAACUAUGGAUUGAGAAAAUCGCCGAGCAACAACAACUGUUUGCUCAAAAAAAAAGUGUAUUUACAGUGGUGCCAAUGGUUCAAGCUCAUUUUAUGAUUGCCAAUCGAGUCCACAAUACAGUGACAUUAGAUGACGAGCAGAAUGGCAAGCGGCUGCUAGUAGGCACAGAUCAAGGCGUGUAUAUAUGUAAAGGACCCAAUUAUGAGACGGUCUCGCGAUUUUUACCUCUGGAAAAAGUAUCACAAAUUGAAGUGGUGAAUCAGGCACAGCUUCUGGUUUUGGCUGAUAAAACGUUGUUAACUUUUCCUCUGGAUAUGUUAACUUCGGAAGCGUAUUCUCCCGUCAAGCGAGGUCGGGCCGUAAGUCAGAAUACGGCCUUUUUCCACGUCGGAGAAUGCAUGGGACGUACACUUGUAUGUGUGGUGAAAAACAAUACACUGAGUCAAACGACCAUCCGUGUGCUGGAACCUGAAAUGACCGAGGAGGGCAAAAAGAGCAAGUCCAUGUUCAACUUGAAGCGACUGGUGAAAAGCGGUUCCGUCGCUUUGAAGCCCUAUAAAGAUCUAUACCUGCCGAGUGAAGCCUCGGGAAUUCAGUUAUUGAAGACCAAGAUCUGCAUUUCCAGUCCACGCGAAAUUGGGGUGAUUGAUAUGAAGCAUUUCGGGGUACAAGCCUUGUUGGACCCAGCGGAUGAAGAGUUAUCGUUUGUCUUUUCACGAACCGAUGUGCGUCCGAUCACAAUUUACAGAGUACGAUUUGCAGAAUAUUUCGUUUGUUACAAUGAAUUUGCAUUUUUCGUGGAUCAGAGAGGACGCCUGAUACGAUCUAGUGUCCGUAUUGAUUGGGAAGGUGCACCGGACGCUUUUGCUUUUAGCUAUCCAUAUAUUGUUGCUUUUGAACCGGAUUUCAUUGAAGUACGCAAUAUCACCAAUGGUUCCCUGGAGCAGUUGAUUCGAGGGUCCAAUAUUCGAUGUACCAAUUCUUCUCCAGGGACCAUUCAGGGUACUAUGAAUGACCCAGAGAACGAAGGUUUCCAGUUGCUAUUCCAGUUAGACUUGCAUACUUGAAGGAACAAAGGUUAUUACUGCUUUUUCCAAGGUCUCCAAGCCUAUUUCCCCUAACCCCACCCUUUAUCCUAUUAUUUCUUUUACCGCUUUAUCGUUUCCGAUCUUUUUUUUCAUCCAUUCUAGUACUUGUAUGUUCCGCCCGUUUUUCUCUGCUAAUCCAUGUAAUUGUAAGUGCGACUUAUUGUCCUAUUGCUCAAAAAGGCAAAACAACAAACAAACAAACAAAACAAAUACAAUCCCAUAAGAAAAAACCAUCAAAAAGUGUACUUUAUCCAUGGGGUAGUUCUGACAAAAAAAAACGUAACGGAUGUCCGCCAAUGAAAAUAUAAAAUACGACACUUCUAUAGAAUAGAGAUGUUAUUAUAUGGUCGGCAAUGUUUCUGUCCAUCUCAACGGAUCCGUUCUGUUUACACAAAAUGCCAUGAACAGUUUAUUGAUCUGAAACGAAAUGAAAAAGGAAAGAAACGCAAAAAAUAGAA